UUUACCUGGUAUUGUUGAUUCUUGAGGUACUGAUUAUGGACGAGUAUCAAACAGAAGAGGAGACUGCGUUCGUCGUUGAAGACGUGAGCACAAUAAUUAAAGAGUCAGUGGAAGCAGCCAUAGGAGGAAAUGCCUACCAGCACAGCAGAGUGAACCAGUGGACCACCAGUGUAGUGGAGCAGUGCCUCAGUCAACUUAGCAAGCUGGGAAAGCCUUUCAAAUAUAUUGUCACCUGUAUCAUCAUGCAGAAAAAUGGAGCAGGUCUGCAAACAGCAAGCGCCUGCUUCUGGGACAACACUACUGAUGAUAGCUGUGCAGUGAGAUGGGAAAACAAGUCCAUGUACUGCAUUGUCAGUGUAUUUGGGCUGGCUAUCUGAACGUACUACAAUGCACCUCAAGCGUUUGCAUGAUUUUGUGUAUUUUUGAGAACCUACAUGUUAUGUUUUUAUGUUUAAUGCCAUUGAUUAAAACAAUACUAUGCUGUA